AUAAACCCAGUAUGUGUUUUGACCGCCGCUAAGUCAGACGUAGGCUUAGAACUCACAAACACACGUGUUGCGCAAAAGCGAUUGGUACUUUGGCUGAUUUUUGUACGGGCGAAUAAGCAGGAAGGCAAACAGCGCCGAUAAGACUUAUCGCACUUAUCUAUACACUGCUUUAAGUCGGCUAUGGCAGGAAUUAUGCAGUGAUGGGCAGUGCAAGCUCUGUGGAGGAAGUCGGACAGACAGCCGUCCUCACCGACGAGCUCAUGGAUGAUUACCUUCAGCUGUCCUACCUCUCGAGGAAGGAAAUCUCCAGAAUUCACAAGCGUAUGCAGCACCUGGUGGGCGAGGACGAGUUCACCGUUGUGCAGCGAGUGCCGUGGGAGUCCGUGCUAGACGCCUUCCCCGAAAUCAGGGCCAACCCUUUCGUGGACAGACUGUGCGAGGUGUUCUCGUCGAAGAAAGAUAAUUGUGUCUCCUUUGAGGACAUGCUUGACCUGUUCUCCGCCCUAGCGCCCUCCUGCCCCGUCGAGUGCAAAGCCAAAUGGGCCUUCCGGAUUUUUGACUUCAACGACUCCAACGCCCUCGAGACCGAAGAUUUGCACGAGCUGAUUGACAGACUGACGAAUGGAAAAGUCAUUCGCGAGGAUGGAAAGUACUUGAGCGAGACGGAAAAGCAGCACAUUAUCGAUAUAAUCAUGAGCGAGGUGGAUCUGGACUUUACUGGAUCGAUCGUCACAGUGGAGUUUGUGCACGCCGUUUCAAAAAUGCCUGAUUUCUGUUCAAGUUUCACUCUUAAAUUGUAAUUCGAGCACUUUUAUUUAGAAUGAUAUACACACGAUUUGUAAUAUGAAAGAUCGCAGGAAAAUAAAUUCUACACGCGUA